CACAAAGUAACAUAAUGAUGAAUCUCUACUUUGCUAAACAAGUUCUAGUUGUUUAGAAACUGUGUACCUCAACACAACAAUGAAUUUAGAAGACAAGCUUGUGAUUACUAUAAACGGAGUCGACCAUAAAGUCGACAUUUCCGAAAUCAGUAUAGACAAAACUCUGAACACAUUCCUAAGAAGCAAAUUGCAUCUAACUGGUACUAAACGCAUGUGUCUGGAAGGUGGUUGUGGUGCUUGUAUUGUAGUAAUAGAACGCAAGAACAGUUUGACGAAGAAACCAACUCUUCAGGCCGUCAAUUCCUGCUUAGUACCCCUGUUUUUGUGUAACGGGUGGAAAAUCACCACAAUAGAAGGGAUCACUCCAGAACGAGACUAUCACUAUUUGCAAAAAGUUUUGACCCACUUUAAUGGUAGCCAGUGUGGAUUUUGUUCCCCUGGUAUGAUCAUGAACAUGUAUAGCUUAUCCGAAGACAAAAAAAUCACGAUGAAGGAGGUCGAAAACUCAUUUGGUGGAAAUAUUUGUCGAUGUACCGGUUAUAGACCCAUUUUGUCAGCUUUCAAAGCUGUCAGUGAUGACGCAUCACCUGAUCUACGGAAGCAAUGCGUUGAUAUUGAAGAUCUAAAAGUAUGUCGAAAGUCGUGUUCGACACCUUGCAACAACAACAAGAAAUGUCAAAAUCCAAGCUAUUUCAACUUGGGGAAGACCACGUGGAUUAGAGUUUCUUUAAUGAAUGAUUUGCUGCAAGUUUUGAAAACUUUCUACAAUUCGACUUACAUGUUGGUCGCAGGAAACACUAGUGCCGGUGUCUACAAACCAACAACUACGCAACAAGUAUACAUUGAUAUCACCGGUAUCGAAGAACUUACAAGUUACAAAAUCGAAAACGACACUCUCAUACUGGGGGCUAAUUUAUCCCUAACCGACACCAUGCUGAUUUUUGAUAAAAUAGCAAAAGAACACGAAAAGUUUGCUUACUUGAAAAAACUAAGCCACCACAUUGACUUGAUUGCAAACGUUCCUGUAAGAAAUUUAGGAACACUAGCUGGAAAUUUAAUGAUCAAGUACCACCAUCACGAGUUCCAGUCAGACAUAUUUGUAAUGUUGGAAGCUGCAGGGGCAUUGUUGACAAUAGUAGAUGCUGAUGCAAACAAAACCAAAAUCGACUUGAAGGAUCUAUUAAAUUCAACUAUGGAGGGAAAAAUCAUAGAGAAGAUUACCCUUCCAGCGUUAUCCACAAAAUACAAGUUUGGAAGCUACAAGAUAAUGCCAAGGGCUCAAAACGCCCAUGCGCUCGUAAACGCCGGAUUUCUGGUUCAACUAAGCGAGAAAAACAUCGUCCAGUCUGCAAGAAUCGUCUACGGUUCCAUUAACCCCUCUUUUAUUCAUGCUACUAAAGCCGAACAGUUCUUGGUCGGUCGGCAACUUUUUAGAAACGACACAGUACAGGAAGUUUUCGCAAUCCUUGAUAAAGAAAUAGUUCCAGAGAUUGCACCACCUGAACCAUCACCACUUUUUCGAAAACAGCUAGCAAUUUCUUUGUUCUAUAAAUACAUUUUGUCGAUUGCACCUAAAUCUCUCGUCUCUCCCAAAAAUAGAAGUGGUGCUUCUCUCCUCGAAAGACCUUUGACUACCGGUUUUCAAGAUUUCGAAACGAAGGAGUCUAUGUAUCCUGUAUCCAAACCCAUGUCGAAGAAUGAAUCGUUGGCUCAAACUUCCGGACAAGCUGAAUAUAUUAUAGACAUGCCGGAUCUACCUGGACAACUAUUUGGUGCUUUUGUCUUAGCCAAAAUCAAGCCUAUGUCGAUAAUCCGAAAAAUCGACACAACUGAAGCUAUGAAACUAGAAGGAGUUGUUGCCUUCUUCGCCAAAGACGACAUUCCUGGUCAAAACAAUUUCACCCCACUAGAAGCCAAUUCUCUGUUUUUAUCAAUGAAAGAAGAAAUAUUUUGCAGCGGAGAAGUACAGUACUUCAAUCAGCCCGUCGGUCUGAUAGUUGCUACCUCUCAAGAAGUAGCCGAAAAAGCUGCAAACUUAGUAGAGGUGUCGUACAAUACGGGGACCAAACAACCCUUAUUGACUAUCCAAGACGUCAUAAAGUUUGGUAAUGGUCGCAGUAUGACUCUUGAACAAGAAAUCGAACGUAAGACUAAAGGUAGCAGUAGUGCGCACGUCGUCAAAGGCACGUUUGAGUUGUCUUGGCAGUACCACUACCAUAUGGAGACUCAGUGUUGUAAUGUCGUACCAACAGAAGAUGGUCUAACCAUGUACCCUUCCAGUCAAUGGCUCGAUCUUUCCCAAACAGCAGCCGCUACUAUGCUCAACAUUCCAGCAAAUAAGAUCAAUGUUGUCAUACGUCGUCUUGGUGGAGCUUUCGGUGGAAAGAUUUCUCGCAACUCUUUGAUUUCCUGUGCAGCGGCACUUGCAGCUCACAAACUACAGAAACCGGUGAAGAUUUGGUUGCCUUUUGAGACCAAUAUGAAUAUUAUAGGGAAAAGGUACCCCAUCGUGUGUGACUACGAAGUAGGACUUGAUAAUUCGGGAACCAUUCAGUACCUAAAUAACACUCUCUAUUCUGACUACGGAGCUGGGAAAAACGAACCAAACAUUCCACUUCUUUUAGAGAUCUUCAUGGAGAGUUAUAACUCUAGUACUUGGCAUGUUAAAGCAUUUUCCACUAACACCAACACCGUAGCGAACUGCUACAUUCGAGCUCCUGGUAGUUGUGAAGGUCUUGCUAUGAUUGAAGCCAUAAUGGAACACGUGGCUGUGGCUCUUAACAUAGAUCCUACGGAGUUGCGACUCAAGAACAUAAAUAAAGAAAAACACGAACGCUUGACUAAGUUUAUAAAAGAGUUAAACACGUGGGCUGACAUAGACAUCCGCAAACGAGAGAUUAAAAAGUUCAAUGAAGAGAAUAGAUGGAAGAAAAGAGGGCUUGCGGUGGUACCCAUGGUGUUCCCGUUUAUGUUGUUUGGCAGCUACGGUGUCAUAGUUUCCAUCUAUAAGUCCGAUGGUACCGUAUCAAUAGCACACGGAGGCGUUGAAAUGGGUCAGGGGAUCAACACAAAGGCAGCCCAAGUCUGUGCGUACAAACUAGGAAUCCCAGUGGAAAAAGUAACCGUCAAGCCUAGUAAUAAUUUAAUAGCACCGAAUGCCCACAUGGUUGGCGGCAGCGUAACUUCAGAAACUGUUUGUCAUGGCAUAAUCAAAGCGUGUGAUAUUCUUCUGAAACGCAUGGAACCUAUCAAAAAAGAGAUGAAAAACGCAACUUGGGAGGAGCUUGUGUCCCAGUGUUAUUACAAAUACGUGAAUUUAUCAGCCACAUCUGUGGGAAGCCCCACUGAACUUCAAGCCUAUUCCGUCUACGGUGUUUGUGCUUCUGAAAUCGAGUUAGACGUACUAACCGGUCAAUACAUGGUUCAAAGAGUCGACUUAAUGGAAGAUGCUGGUACUAGCAUGAAUGCUAACAUUGACAUGGGUCAAGUUGAAGGUGCUUUUGUCAUGGGUAUGGGUUACUUCACCUCUGAGCUAAUAGUACUCAACGACAAUGGCGAACUUUUGACUAACCGUACAUGGAAUUACAAGCCACCGGGAGCUAAAGAUAUUCCAGUCGAUUUUAGGAUCAAGUUUCCCAAGAACACGCCCAAUAAUGUUGGAGUUUUAAAUUCGAAAGCUAUUGGAGAACCGCCGUUGUGUUUAGCUGCUUCGAUCCCUCUCGCUAUAAGAAAUGCAGUCGCGUCUGUCAGAAUGGACGUAGACGAGGCAAACCAGAAGUGGUAUCCUUUCUGUGGACCCUCAACAGUCGAAAAUGUAUACAUGAAUUGUUUACAUAAUUUUAAGCUCUAUAAUCUCUAA